AUGCGUCUCCUCGAUGUUUUCGUCGCCGUCGUGGCAUUUCUCCCCACCUCAUUCGCCGCUCUCCCUACCCAAGCCGAAGGAUUUGCCGCUGGUACCACUGGUGGAAAGGGCGGUCAGGUCGUACGCCCCAAGAACAACCAGGAGCUUACCAACUACCUGAAGGAUAACACCGCUCGUAUCAUUUAUCUGGAGCGAACCUUCGAUUUCAAGGGAUCUGAGGGUUCUGCGACUGAGACUGGCUGCGCGCCAUGGGGUACAGGUACGCACUGCCAGCUUUCUAUCAACAAGAACCAGUGGUGCACCAACUACAACCCUGGUGCUCAAAAGGUCACUGUCAAGUAUGACAAGGCUGGUCUGAACCCUCUUAUGGUGGGCUCAAACAAGAGCAUCAUCGGCGUCGGUUCCAAGGGUGUCAUCAAAGGAAAGGGUCUUCGUCUUGCCAACGGCGUCAAGAAUGUUAUCAUCCAGAACAUCCAUAUCACCGACCUCAACCCUAGCCUGGUAUGGGGCGGCGACGCUAUCACGCUUGACGGCACUGACAACAUCUGGAUUGAUCACUGUACUACAUCCUUGAUCGGUCGCCAGCAUAUUGUUCUGGGUACUGGAGCUAGCGGUCGCGUGUCUAUCACGAAUAACAAGAUUGACGGCGUGAGCCCUUGGUCUGCAAGCUGCAAUACUUAUCACUACUGGGCCAUCCUCUUCCUCGGAAAGAGCGACUUGAUCACCUUCAAGGGCAACUACAUGUACCACGUUUCCGGCCGCGCUCCCAAGGUUUCAGGCAACACCCUCCUCCACGUCGUCAACAACUAUUUCCACGACGUCUUCGACCAUGCUUUCGAGAUUGAAGAGAACGGCCAGGUUCUCGCUGAAGGAAACGCGUUCCAGAACGUCAAGAACCCCCUCAAGACUGGUACCAAGGGCCGACUCUUCACUGUCCCUACUGCCGGAUCUGCCAGUUCCUGCAAGGCUGCUCUUGGACGCGCGUGCCAGAUGAAUGCCUUUGGAAGCUCUGGUGCCUUCCCUGGCGACGACACUGGUUUCCUCGGUAGCUUCAAGGGCAAGACUAUUGCUUCUGCUGCUAGUGCUCAGAGUGCUAAGAAUGCCAUGACAAAGGCUGGUUUCGGUCUUGCGUAA